CGGCACAUCAGUCUCGUGCGUUCCACCGGUUCGGCGACAUUCGUUUUCGUCGCGAUCCGAUCAUAUACCAUUAUUACUAUUAUUUCAUUAUCGUUUAAAUAAAAUACAAAAAACAUCAGUGCCGUUCGAUCGCGCGAUAUUGGCUAUUAUUAUUAUUAUAAUUACAAUACGUCCUAAUAUUAAUAUAUAUAUUGUUGUAAUAGUUUACCUGGAAGAACCGAACAACAUUAAACAGCACCGGCUCGACCGUCCCAUUCGUCAUGAUAUUGUUAUUGUAUUUUUGUUGAACUAACCGCAGUUUCUACAUAAACGUGUGUGCGAUUAAGUAAAAAAUCAAAAACUAGUAAUAUUAAAAAUAACAUAUUUUGAAUUGUUAAGUUUUUUCUGCGUGGUUUUUUUUUUCUGUUGUUGUAAAAUUAUUAUGGUAUGUCGUCUUUGCUAAAGACACAGUUCGCGAUCGACGGCGAAACGCAAUUAAAUCAACAUAAGUACCGAAACGAUCAUGAUAAAUCGUCGGUUCGUUACCGCAAAUCAAAAUCUUCUUCGACCACCAAGGAAAAUAGCGAUACCGAAAGUGACGUUCACGAUUUUCGACUAAGAGAGCCCAUAAUGCCGGAGAAGUUGUUCAAAGUGAUCAUCAUCGGAGACCCGACGGUUGGCAAGACGGCGUUUGUCAAGAGGUACGUGCAAAACUCUUACAGCCGCGAGUACAAGGGCACGGUGGGUGUGGAUUUCGCCUUGAAGAUCAUCAAAAUAUCCGAAACGGAAACCAUCAAGUUGCAACUGUGGGACAUAGCAGGACAGGAGAGAUUCACGUGGAUGACCAGGGUGUACUACAAGGAUGCUCACGGCUGUGUGAUCAUGUUCGACCUGUCGAAUAAGAAUUCUUUUGUCAAUACUCUGAAAUGGAAAAAGGACGUGGACGCCAAGUGCACACAACCCGACGGCAGUCCCAUACCGUGCAUGCUGCUGGGAAACAAGUGCGACUUGCCGCAGAGACAAAUCGAUCAGUUGGACAUUGAAUCUUUCUACAAGGAGAACAAUUUCAUCGGUUGGACGGAGACGUCGGCCAAAGACGGGCUGAUGGUCAACGAUUCCAUGCAGUUUCUGAUCAAUUCGAUGAUGGGACAGUGCUCCGACGAAACGGACCAUCCGGAUUUGGUCAAGCUGAGCGGUCCCAGUGCAGAAUCCAAGAAACCCUGUUCCUUUUGCUAGCACAAUAAUAGUUAUAGGAUUAUUGUUUUAAACCAUCGGCACUUAACCGCCGGAUUACAGUUGUACAGGGGCAGGAUUUCUGUAGGAUUUAUUUGUCCUGGUCGGCAUAAACGCAUCGCAAGCGUGUGUUCGAAGGUACGCCGUGUACAUAUAAUAUUUUUACUCAACACUGUUAUUGUUUUAUUAGCAGCCCGACGGGUAAACGUUAUCCAUAUAUUUUUAUUACGCUUGUGUAACAUAAUAUAUACAUAUGUAUAAAUAGCCAUAUUUGUUUUUUAUUUAAACCGCUUGUGUG